AUGAAGUUCUGUGCUCUGUUUGUGUUCCUAGUAAUCGCGUUGUUUGCCGCUAAGGUGGAAUCUCAGUCGCCCUCCUUUCUACAAUGCCUUAACGAAAUAAAUGAUGCCGAGCUGUGUGAAAACUUCAAAGAUCAGUUCCCCGAAGAUGCCCCAGCAGUUCCUGUCGACGACUAUACUUUCGAAGCCCUUUCUAGAUAAUUUCCUUUCACUUUCGUCGAAUAAUAUUUGAUAAAUGCGAGGCAGAGAUGAAUAACUUAUUGCGAGGAAGGUGGAGAGCAGCUCUCUGCCUUAAAAGUUAAAUGAAUAAGAAAUUACUUUUUCUCGUUUCUCAGUCGUUUCGGCACAACUAAACCUGUUAUCACCAUUAUUCAAAGUUUUCAAUAGUGAUAGAAAAUAUGCUGACUAUGUCAAAUCACUAAUUUAUUAAAUGCGAUACGGCCUGUCAAAUUAUAUAUGCAUAUUGUGAUGGACUCGU